AUGACCCAUGACGGGCAGCACCAAGAGAAUGCCAUUUUGGAAGAUUUCGUGGACAAGGAGUCCACUUUGGCGGAAGAAGUCCCUGUUGUGUUUGCACCCGACAUUCAAGAUGUGACUCUGCACUGGGAUCAGCAUCCUCAAGAUCCUCUCAAUCUUCCUGCCAGAAAAAAGAUUAUCUUGAUGGUUAUGGUGUCACUGGCGGCUUUCAUCACAUCGGCCGCUACUUCUAUCGUAACUCCUGCACAAUCAGCAAUUCAAAAAGCUUUCAAUGUCAGCUUCACACAGUCAUUGUUGCCGCUUUCUCUUUAUACCUUUGCCCUCGGCUCUGGGCCCGUUAUCGGCGGUCCAGUGUCAGAGACAGUAGGAAGAAUGCCCGUCUAUUAUGUCGCAUUUCCACUGGGAGCCCUCUUUACGCUCGGGGCAGGAUUGACGAGCAACUUUGCUGCUCUCUGCUUUCUCCGCACUGCAGCUGGAUUCUGCUGGGCGCCGAUGCUGACAGUAGCAGCGGGUUCAAUUGCUGAGACUUUCAGUGCUAAGGCUCGGGGCGGCAUGAUGGCGUUGUACAUUCUGAUGCCGUUUCUUGGACCUGGUUUUGGUCCUAUUUUCGGGGCAUAUGCUGUCAGCCGCCAUGACUGGCGAUGGACUCAAUGGGUUAUUCUGUUCAUGACGAUCCCCUGUUUGAUCCUGAUCGCGUUCAGCCCGGAGACCUUUCCGCCAGUCCUCAAGCGCAGAAUCGCCUCGAGAGAGUCGGACUAUGACAUACCCAAGUCGACCCUUCUGGCUAAUGCCCACCAGUUCGUGACUGUUACGCUCAGUCGGCCAGUCCAUAUGCUUUUCACUGAACCAAUUGUCUCAUUCAUCUGCCUGUAUACGGCGAUCAAUUUCGGGGUCCUGUUCUGUUACUUCGCUGCAGUGCCCUAUAUGGUCGGGAAAGUGUACUCUUUCAGCACAGAGCAGGCUGGGCUCGUGUUUUUCUCGAUAGUAAUCGGCUCCACUUUAGGUUUCAUCACUCUUGUUUUGUGUGAUAUCUUUUUCUAUCGACCAAAGCUCGGAAAUCUCCCUCCAGGUCAAGGUUCUCCAGAGCAUCGGUUAUAUCCGGCCAUGAUCGGCAGCAUUGGAUUGCCCCUGGGCCUAUUCUGGUUUGCAUGGACAUCCAAGUCGAGUAUUUCCUGGGCCAGUCCCGUGGCGGCGAUAGUGCCAUAUGCGUGGGGGAAUCUGUGUGUUUUUGUCUCAACAGCGCAGUAUGCCCUUGAGACAUACCAUGGGAAUGUUCUGGCGAGCGUAGCCAGUGCGAUGAGCCUGGCCAGAUAUGUGACUGCGGGCGCGUUUCCACUUUUUAUCAUGAACAUGUACCAGGCUUUGCAUUUGGACUGGGCCAUCAGCUUAUUCGGGUUUGUCGCUGUGGCCUUGGUGCCAAUUCCAUUCGUCUUGUUCAAAUUUGGCCCUCGCAUUAGGGCCAAGAGCAAGUAUGAAACGCUGUAG